AUGAGAAAUUUAGAACAUUAUUCCUUAAAUCGCUAUGAUUACGAGUUUUUAAGUAAAAUUACUUAUGAUUUUAUUGAUAAAUAUUUUGAAAUGUGUGAUUAUGAAAUGAGUAGUAAAAAAAAUAUUAAAAAAUGUUACUAUUAUCCAGAUAUUAAAUUUAUUGAAGCAAUAAAAGUAUCAUUAUUAGAUAUUUUUGAUAGUAAUACGGCAAUCAUUAGAUCAACAUUAAUGAAUCAAGAUGAACCAAUUAGUACUCCUUGUCGAAAAUAUAUUUGUGAAUGUGUUAAGACAUAUGAUGGUAUGCAGCAGAAUUACUGUCUGUAUGAAGCAGGUUAUGAAAAGCAUAAAAAUACAUGUUCAAGAUUAGAGAAGUUUAGGGAUACAUAUAAAUUGUAUAUUCAGAAUAAUGAAGACCUAAAAGAUAAAUACCUUCAUUAG